GCAGAAAAGCCAAAGGCAGUGGGGUGGUUUAUCAGUCGGUUGGCAUUAUAAGUUCUUUUCAUUGUUAUAUAAUUGUUAAACCUUUAUACAGUCUAGUUUUUGAAAUUUCAAUCACUCAGUUUUAGGAAGGAAGCGCAAACGUCGCACCUGCCCUCGGGAGUAGUUUGGAGUUGCUCCACUCGUGUUUGUACCGGGGCAGAGGCGCAGUACCGUCCGAUACCUUUACCAUCACUGAGAGACUACGAGACGUGUUUUCAUUAUAGAGGCAUCACUGAAAGAACAAUCGCUGACAUAACGGGAACUAAACGCAUAUAACUCGACAUCAAGAGACAUUUCAGUCCAGGUGGACUACAACAACCACAUCAAAUAUAAAGUGACAGUUUACGGAAUAUCUUUCGGCACGUUAUUUUAACUGGCGAAAUGACUUCUGUUCAACCCUCAGUCAAAGGCUUCUUCACUUUUCAGCUGCUCUUUAAUUUCUUCUCAAGUGGGUUGGUAGAGGGAUCUCAUCUGCCUGAUCCACAGCUGCUUCCUGCCGAAGACACACACCUUCAGCAUGUUGGUGGCACACUCACGCUCAUCUGCAGAGGAUCAACUUCGCUGCACUGGAGGCUGGCUAACAGAAAUGUGUCAUCUGUACUUAUUGAGUCUUGUGAGGAGAGAAUGCACAAGCACUGCAGCAAGCUGGUCAUACACAACCUGAGGCACAGUGAUACUGGCUUCUACACAUGCAGUUAUCAUAAGUCCAGCGAUCAUGAGGUGUCCACAUAUGUUUUUGUUAAAGAUCCCAAUCAUCCAUUUGUGGAAGCUUUCAGUUCACCGGUCACGCUUUUUGCGUAUCGGAACGAACCCUUUUUUGUGGUCCCCUGCAGAACAACGUCCCCGAACCAACGUGUUUUCCUUGAGACUAUGAAUCCCAUGGGAGAUCAUAUAAAAAGUAGGAUGGAGGAUCUUUGGGAUCCAAAGAUAGGUUUCACAAUCCCCUUGAGACCUUAUGACAGCUACCAACUGAUUACAUGUGUGACCAGAGUGAAUGACACACAAUUUUCAUCGCUCUACAUCCUCAUAAGGCAAACUUUGGAGCUGAGAAACAUUGGCAUCGAACCAGAACGACCAAAAGUACUAGUUGGUGACACCCUGGUCCUCAACUGCUCUGCAGAGACCACUUACAAUGGCAGAAUUGAAUUUGAGUGGCAGUUUCAUAAGAGUCGGAUCAAUCGCACUCACCAAAUGAAAAUAACAAGGGACCCACCUGGCCAAAUCAUCGUCAUGACUAAAGCAUUAAUUGUACCUAAUGUUACAAUGGAGUACAAGGGCACAUAUGUGUGCAUAGCAUCAAAUGAAGAGAAAAGGCUUCAUGUUUCAACUAAAGUUACUGUAUACGAACAUCCAUUCCUCAAUGUGACCCACAAUAAACGCAAAUUCAUUUCUGCUAUAGAGGGUAGAAAGGUGCAGUUUGAGCCACGGGUCAAUGCCCUGCCUGCACCCGACAGAGUGUUGUGGUACAAAGAUGGAGUUGCUGUUUCAGAAAAUUCCACAUGUUAUGAGACUGUGGGCUUCAACCUCACCAUAAAACAAGUGAGGCAGAAGGAUGCUGGGAUCUUCACUAUCGCACUGUCAAACCAGGAAAAGGGUCUCUACAGAAACCUCAGCUACAAGCUGGAAGUCAGAGUGAAGCCAAAGAUCUAUGAGGAGGAUGUGGCUCCAGUGGGCCCCCAAACUUACAGAUAUGGGCAGAGGCACAAGCUCACCUGCACUGCAUUUGGGAUUCCCAUGCCAAACAUUACCUGGUUUUGGCAGCCUUGUGACCCCAGCACUGAUCUUACAGAGUGCAGACUUUACACUGAUCCUCUUUCUGUUGACGACGCCACUGAAUCACACAACCAUUAUCCUCAUAAUCUGAUUAAGGAUAUCAACACCAAGGUUGGAGUAUUAAAAAGUAAAAACAGGACUAUAAGCACCCUGCUGGUGAAAACAGCUAAUGUGUCUGGGAUCUACUUCUGUACAGCAAGGAAUGAACUUGGGAACCGGACCAUGAGAAUCCCUUUCUAUGUGGAUGAUCACCCACAGCCAUUUGAGAUUGAGCCCUCUACAGCUGUUGCAGGAGAUGACAUUACAUUGACCUGCAGAGGCACAAGAUACCUCUACGAUAGGUUGAACUGGUAUGAUCCACUGGGCCACAUGGUGCCCAAAGCCGAAACCACUCUUCAGAUCGAGCCAUACGCCAUAUCGUUGUCCAUCAAGCUGCCCAAUGUCUCCAGAAACCACACACUGGGUUAUGAAUGCCAGGCUUUAAACAUGAACUCCAACAAAAUGGUCAAUACAACAUCUGUUUUAACUAUUGAUGAGAGGCAAGGGCCCUGGUUGAUGCAGAAUCUGACCAAUCAGGAUGUGAACAGCAGCAGCACCCUGACACUGGCAUGCCUGGCUUAUGGUGUGCCAACACCCUAUAUCACAUGGUACAAAGACGAGACUCCUGUCACAGAAGGACCAGGAAUCACUCUAAAAGAUGAUGGCACUCUGAUCAUUGAGCGGGUGAAGAAGGAUGAUGAGGGCAUUUAUGAAUGUCGUGCCAGCAAUGCUGGAGGGGAAGCAAAAACCAGUGCAGUCAUUACUGUAGUGGGAGAAGACGGUAAACCAAAUAUUGAAGUGAUCAUCUUGGUGUCUACUGGAGCAGCAGCAACAUUCCUGUGGAUAAUGCUCAUUCUCUUUAUCCGUAAAUUAAGAAAACCAAGUUCAGCAGAUUUAAAGACAGGGUACCUGUCCAUCAUCAUGGAUCCCGACCAAAUGCCCCUUGAUGAGCAGUGUGAUCGCCUGCCCUAUGAUAGUAACAAAUGGGAGUUCCCUAGAGACCGCCUCAGACUUGGUAAAACUUUGGGCCACGGAGCAUUUGGAAAAGUUGUAGAGGCCUCUGCAUUUGGCAUUGACAAGAUUUCUACUUGCAAAACGGUGGCUGUGAAAAUGCUGAAAGUGGGAGCUACAAACAAUGAGUGGAGAGCUUUAAUGUCUGAACUGAAGAUUCUGAUCCAUAUUGGUCAUCAUCUCAAUGUGGUCAAUCUGCUAGGAGCCUGCACAAAGCGUGGAGGUCCGCUAAUGAUAAUCGUGGAAUUCUGCAAGUAUGGAAACCUUUCUAACUACUUGAGAAGUAAGAGGGGUGACUUUGUGGUUUAUAAGUCUCAGGACGGUAAGGCUCUGCGUUCCAGCUCCGGGUGUGAUCUGAGCGAGCUCAUCAAGCGCAGGUUGGAGAGCGUGGCUAGCACCGGAAGUUCAGCCAGCUCCGGCUUCAUUGAAGAUAAGAGCUACUGCGACUCGGAGGAAGAGGAGGAAGAGCAAGAGGAUUUGUAUAAGAAAGUGCUUACAUUGGAAGACUUGAUUUGCUACAGCUUUCAAGUGGCUAAAGGCAUGGAGUUCUUGGCUUCGAGAAAAUGUAUUCACCGCGAUCUGGCCGCACGAAACAUCCUAUUGUCUGAAAACAACGUUGUGAAGAUUUGCGAUUUUGGACUUGCAAGAGAUGUAUACAAGGACCCAGACUAUGUCCGUAAAGGAGACGCCAGACUUCCCUUAAAGUGGAUGGCGCCAGAGGCGAUAUUUGACAAGAUCUAUACUACUCAGAGUGACGUGUGGUCUUUUGGAGUGCUCAUGUGGGAGAUCUUCUCUCUUGGUGCCUCCCCUUACCCUGGCUUACACAUUGAUGAGGAAUUCUGCUGCCGACUGAAGGAGGGCACGAGGAUGAAAGCUCCUGAAUACUCCUCCUCUGAAAUAUAUCAAACCAUGUUAGACUGCUGGCAUGGAGAAGCAUCCCAGAGGCCCACUUUCACAGAACUGGUAGAGAGGCUAGGAGAUCUGCUCCAGGCUAGUGUGCAGCAGGAGGGAAAGCAUUACAUUCCAAUCAACACAGCCCUGUUGACCAAAGCAGACCCCUCAAACCCGAGCCCCACAAAGGAGACCUCCUCCAGACCUGUCUCUCUUAGAGACUCCGGGAUGGCUUGGAACAUCAAGAUCCGCCCAGCGAGUGUGAAGACCUUUGAUGAAGUUAUCCUGGAGAAUGGAACCAACAAGAUCCACGAGGGUGGGCAGUCAGAUAGUGGGAUAGGUCUAUCUUCAGAUGACCUGAAGACACUGAAACGCCUGGAGUCACUGGCCCGACCGCAGAGUUUCAUGGCCCGAGCGAUGAAGAGCAAAAGCAAGGAGUCCGUUCUGCUGGAGGGUGAAAAGGAGAAAUACCCAGCGCUUGUUCCCUCACUGGACCUGAGUCUGGAGGACUCCUCUCUUGACCCGGAGCUGGAAUGUCACAGCCCACCUCCAGACUAUAACUAUGUGGUCCGUUACUCCACACCACCCGUCUGAGUUGGUCUGCACUUGUAAGCCACCAGAAGUCUGAUUGGUUGGGUGCACAUUCUAUCAAUUUCAUUUUUUUCUGUUCCACUUUAUUCUGAUAUUGGAAUGGUCAUCAGAGUUUCACAUUUCCUCUUUCUGUGCAUCUUUUCAAGGUAGUGUAUGAGUACAUGAGUACAGUGGACUGCCACUCAUAUCACUGUGGCAGUCUGAGAUACAGCUACAGACCACCUCAGGUAUUCCUGCUGUCUACUGUGAACAAAAAGCACAUUUUAUUACAAUAACGGCGCUGUUUUCCCCAGUGAAAUGGCAUUCUU